AUACCCAUCGUAGCUUCCUUCAGUCAAGCAAAAUGAUAAAAUUGAUAUCCACCAUUUUCCUUAUUGCUGUUGUAUCAGCCGACGUGAGCCAAUUGCCAUGGCAGCAGCAGUUUUUGAAACAGCAAAGAAACGGACCUUACUCUGGUCAAUCCAAUCAGAGAGUCGCGAAACCAGUCAUAAACAUUUUACGUUCGGAUUCGGAAGUUAGUCCUGACGGAAGUUAUAAAUAUUUUUACGAAACUGAAAAUGGAAUAGUUAAGCAGGAACAGGGACAGCAGAAAACAAUCGGAGAUGAAGCAGGAACGGUUGCGCAGGGGGGAUUCCUUUUUACAUCUCCUGAAGGAGUACCGGUUUCCAUUACGUACGUGGCUGAUGAAAACGGGUUCCAGCCCCAAGGGGAUGCGAUACCGGUACCUCCUCCCAUUCCUGAGGCCAUUUUGAAGUCUUUACGUUACAACGAGGCACACCCCGAAGAGGAAGAAAAUCCACCACAGCAACCCCCACAACAACAACGCGGCUUUCUAAGGUUUUAGUCAAAUGUCAUUUUUUCAAAAUGGCACUGAUAUGAAAAAGUAAUACGUUUAUAAUUGUUAUAACUCGUUAGUGCUUGUAAAUAAAGCAGAUCCCUUAAAUGUUAACGGGAAUUUUAUU